UGUUUCUGCGCAGGGUUAGGGGGUCCGGGGCGAGUUAGUGACUGAGCGCGAGCUGCAGGUGGGGCGCGUCAGCCGCCGCCGCCGCUGCGGCGAUGAGGCGGGUGCGCGCGGCCGGGGAGAGGCUGUGCCGGCGGGUUCGCGGGGUGGAGGCGCUGCGUGAGACCUGCCGUCAGUACCCGCUGUUUUGCUGCAUCCUCCUCGCGCUCAGUGCCGCGACGCUCCUCCUCAGCCGGUAUCUGCACAUUCUGAUGAUCUUCUGGUCAUUUGUGGCAGGAGUUGUUACAUUCUAUUGUUCCUUAAGACCAGAUUCCCUUUUACCAAAUAUUCUAUUUACGAUCAAACACAAAAGCAAGCCACCAGAUGUGCAAGAACUGUAUUCCCAAGGUUGUAGCUGUGCUGUAUGUGGCAAUGUCAAAUGUAAUAGACAUAGGCCAGCCUUACUGCUGGAAAAUUAUCAACCAUGGCUGGACCUGAAAAUUCCUUCUAAAGUUGACGCUUCCCUGUCAGAGGUAUUUGAGCUAGUCCUGGAAAACUUUGUUUAUCCUUGGUUCAGGGAUAUAACUGACGAUGAAUCAUCUGUGGAUGAACUCAGAGCAACAUUGCGAUUUUUUGCAUCUGUAUUAAUUCGCAGAAUUUACAAGGUGGAUAUUCCAGCUGUUAUAACAAAGAAAAUGUUGAAGGCAGCUAUGAAGCAUAUAGAAGUAAUAGCAAAAGCCAGACAGAAAGUGAAAAAUGCUGAAUAUUUACAGCAAGCUGCUUUAGAAGAAUAUGGGCCAGAACUCCAUGUUGCUGUGAGAAGUAGAAGAGAUGAGCUCCUUUAUUUAAAAAAACUUACUGAACUUCUUUUUGCCUAUAUUCUGCCUCCGAAGGCAACAGACUGCAGAUCAUUCACUUUACUUAUAAGAGAAAUCCUGUCUGGUUCUGUUUUCCUCCCCUCCAUGGACUUCUUAGCAGAUCCGGAUACUGUAAAUCAUUUGCUGCUUAUCUUCAUUGAUGACAGCCCACCAGAAAAAGCCACAGAACCUGCUUCAGCGUUGGUUCCCUUUCUGCAGAAGUUUGCAGAACCCAGAAAUAAAAAGUCCUCUGUCUUGCAGCUGGAUCUAAAAGAAAUUAAAGCCGAGCAGGAUCUCUUCUUUCUCUUUAUGAAUUUUUUGAAAAAAGAAGGAGCAGUACAUGUAUUGCAGUUUUACCUGGAUGUAGAGCAAUUUAAUGACAGGAUUUUGCAGCCUGAAUUAUCAGAUUCUGAGAUGAUGUCCCUUCAUGAAGAAGUACAAAAAAUAUACAGAACAUACUGUUUGGAUGAAAGUGUUGACAAAAUUAGAUUUGAUCCUUUCAUUGUGGAAGAGAUAAAAAGUAUUGCUGAUGGUCCCUACAUUGAAGUUGUGAAGCUUCAAACAAUGAGAUGCCUCUUUGAAGCCUACGAACAUGUUUUUUCCCUCUUAGAUAAUGUCUUCACACCUAGGUUCUGCCACAGCAGUGAGUAUUUCAGAUAUCUCUUAAGACAAGAUGAAUCCCCAACACGCAAUUCCAAAUCAAACAAAAGCACCCAGAAAAAGGGAGAAUCAUCUGGAAUCAGAAGUAUAAGCAGCAAAAUUAAAGGUGUAUUCAAGAGUACCACACUGGAAGGAGCUGUGCUACCUAGUUGUGGUCUGGCUGAAGGAGAGGAUAUUGAGGAAGGCAUUAUGGUAAUGGAAGAUGAUUCUCCUGUAGAGGCACUUAGCAUGCCUAAUACACCUCGCAAUCUUGCUGCCUGGAAAAUUACCAUUCCAUAUGUGGACUUCUUUGAAGACCCCUCUCUUGAAAGGAAAGAGAGAAGAGAGAGGAUUCCAGUCUUUUGUAUUGAUGUGGAGAGGAAUGAUAGAAUGGCAGUUGGGCAUAGUCCUGAACACUGGUCGGUCUACAGAAAAUACCUUGAAUUUUAUGUUCUUGAGUCAAAACUAACAGAAUUUCAUGGUACAUUCCCUGAUGCUCAGCUACCUUCAAAGAGGAUCAUUGGACCAAAGAACUAUGAAUUUUUAAAGUCAAAGCGAGAGGAGUUUCAGGAAUACCUGCAGAAACUUUCCCAACAUCCAGAGUUAAGCAACAGCCAGCUUCUGGCUGAUUUUUUAUCACCUAACGGUGGAGAGACACAGUUUCUUGAUAAAAUGUUGCCUGAUGUAAAUUUAGGCAAAAUAAUAAAAUCUGUUCCUGGAAAAUUAAUGAAAGAGAAAGGCCAGCACUUGGAGCCAUUCAUUAUAAAUUUUAUUAAUUCCUGUGAAUCUCCCAAGCCUAAACCAAGUAAACCAGAGCUUACUAUUCUCAGUCCUACUUCUGAAAACAACAAAAAGCUUUUUAACGAACUCUAUAAGAACAAUGCCAACCGCUCUGAAAAUUUAGAGAGAAGACAAAAUCAGAACUACUUCAUGGAAAUGAUGACUGUUGAAGGCGUCUAUGACUACUUAAUGUAUAUUGGUAGAGUUGUUUUCCAUAUUCCUGACUGGCUUCAUCAUAUCUUGAUGGGAGGAAGAAUUCUCUUCAAAAAUACUUUAGAGACAUACACAGACUACUAUCUGCAGUACAAGCUAGAACAGCUCUUUCAGGAACACCGUUUAGUGUCACUUAUAACACUUUUAAGAGGUUAGUAGUGUCAAGUUGUGCAAAGUGUUCUCAUGAUUGGACAUUGACAUGUAUUGCUCCAUUUUGUGCUUGCAGAGGCUUCCAUGGACGGUUAGGUAUGAGAGGUGGGGGAUUUUAAAAAAUGGCACUUAACUUUAGUAAAAUUAAUGAAAAGAGGAAAAGAUGGAUGUUGCUUUAACUGACAGAAAUUAACGAACAAAAAUAAAGCAAUAGUUAUUCCAUACAGACAGCUCUGCAUUGCCCUAAAAGACCCAC